AUGAAUCCAUAUGUCUCGUGGUCACUCACCGCCCUCUAUUACCUCAUAUAUCCUGUCUACUUUCUACUCGCUUUUGUCGCCCUGACCCUCAAGACUCUGCUGUCACCAAUCACGAGCCUUCUCCUCUUCUUGCUACAGCCACUGGUCCUCUUCACCCAGCUGCUGGCCUAUUGCGCUCUUACAAUCUACAUUUAUCUGGGUGUCGCAUCUAUCACGGGCAUCUCUUGUGGCUUGCUGCUGCACUUCGUCUAUUCAUUCUUGCACUCGAACCUACACCUUGCUUCUGAGCCUGCUGUGAGGGGCCCUUCGUCAAAACAGUACCGUGCUUCACGAAGACGCAAAGAUAUGGAAGCUAUGCUCUCUCCUACCUUGUCAAUGUCCAGUGUGCUCGACACUCCAGGUGCGGGCAGAUAUGGUUUGCUGGCUCAAACCAUUCACGAGGAAGACUCUGAUUUCUGA